AUGGGUCUUUUUACUCCAACGAGCAUGAAAAUAUUCGAUAAACUAUUAGAUAAAACAACAAGCCCAUUGCUAUUAGAACCUGACUGGGAAUCCGUUUUACAAUUGUGUGACAUUAUCAAAUCUAGCGAAGUAACACCAAAAUAUGCUGUACAAGCAAUCAAGAGGAAGUUUGGCACCGACAAUGCACAUGUUACAUUGAGAGCGUUACAAUGUUUGGAAUCAGUUGCAAAAAAUUGUGGUUCACGUAUUCAUCAAGAGUGUGCUAAUCGCGAUUUUGUUGAGGCAUUAAGAGAAUUGGCAAAAAAUGGUCCAGAAUUAGUACGAGAUAAAGUGUGUGAAUUGAUUCAAUGUUGGUCACAUGGACUUGGUCAACAAUAUAAAAUAUUUACUGAUACUUACAAUUUGAUGAAAUUAGAAAGUUAUCGUUUUCCAAUGUUAAAAGAAUCAGAAGCGUUUUUUGAAAGUGAAGUAGCACCCGAAUGGAAAGAAUCGAAUCAAUGUUUUCGUUGUCGUGAGAAAUUUACAACCUUUAAUCGAAAACAUCAUUGUCGGCAUUGUGGAGAGAUAUUUUGCCACACAUGUUCAUCUAAACAAUGUGCGAUACCAAAAUAUGGAAUGGACAAAAAUGUACGUGUUUGUGUGGCUUGUUACGACAAAUUGAUGGGCACCACAACACCUGGUGAGUUUGGAAUAACUCAAACAAAUCCAACUGCCAAACCACUUGUUUCAUCAUCAACAACAUCAACAUUUAAACCAUUAACUUCAGCCACUUCAGCGCCUGCAUCCACAUCGCAGACAAAAACUCAGGCCGAGUUGGAUGAAGAAGAAGCAUUUCAAUUAGCUUUAGCUAUAUCACAAAGUGAAGCGGAUGAAAAAGAACGACAAAAAAAAAUGUUAACACAAAAAUAUGCAUUAUCAAGUAUAAUGAUGAAUAACAAUACAAAUAAUACGAAUAAUACAAAUAAUACAUCAUCAUCUAGGCCAUUAACGUCCACAAUUUCGACACCUGCUGCACAAUAUGAGCCAAAUGAAGUAGACCAGUUUGCCGGUGGUGAAUUAUCAAAAUAUUUAGAACGCUCUUAUUGGGAACAAAAACAACAAACGAACACCCCACUGGCAUCAAAUACAACUGUUGUUGAUAAUCAAUCUGUGUCAUCAACAGUAACAGUUCCAGUAACAAAAACUAUUGCAUCUUCUGAUGGAUUUCAAAAUGGACAUGAUGAAGCAGCAACAAAUCUAUCCGAUCCAGUUGAUCAUCUUGUUAGCAACAAGGAAAUCGAUGCUUUUGUUAAUUUAGUCACGGAGCAUAUCAAUAACUUCAAAUUUCGUAUGCUAAGUAAUCAACAACGUAGUAGAAAUAUAUCAAAUGAUACAGCAGUUCAAUCGGUGUUUCUUAUAUUACAACAUUUUCAUCCCGAAAUGAGUCGUUUCAUGCAAUUAUUGGAGAAUAAACGAGGUUAUUACGAACAUUUACAAGAUAAAUUAAGCCAAUUAAAAGAUGCUCGUGAAGCCUUAAAUGCUUUACGUUCCGAACAUUAUGAACGAAAACAACGUGAAGCAAUGGAACGUGAACGUCAACGACAAAUUCAAUUAGCACAAAAAUUAGAUAUAAUGAGACAAAAAAAACAAGAAUAUCUUGAAUAUCAACGACAAUUACAUUUACAACGUUUGGCUGAACAAGAACGGGAAAUGCAAACGCGUUUAGAACAACAACGACAAUUGGCACUAGCACGAGAACAAAUGUCACAAAAUCCACGUUUGAUUGCAUCUCCUCAAAUGUUAAUGACACCGUAUGAAUAUGGGGAACAACAUUUACCAUAUGGUAUACAAGCACAUCAGCAAUUCAGUAACUAUCAUAAUUCUAUGCCAAUGCCAAUGUAUGAUCCAAAUAUACCGCCUCAAACACAAUUUCCAAAUUAUUCCUUGUCUCAUUUACCAUCAACGGUACAAUAUGCAGGACAAUUACCACCACAACAAAAUAAAACUGACAUACAACAACCACAACAAAUAACAAAUCCUUAUAUAGCUUCAAUUGGCGAUAAUUACAAUGUUCUUCCCGCAAUGGUACCUUCAAACUCCAUGCAUGCUCCAUCUGCACAAACAGCUUCACCAUCACAAUUUCAUCAUUCUCAUCAAAUGAAUGGUAAUCAGCAACAACAAUUAUCUCAACCACCACUGACAUUUGAUCCUAACAUUCAAACAGCAGUGAACAAAAUGUUACCCCCUGAGCCAACAUUAAUAUCAUUUGAUUAA